AUGAAACUGGCCGGACCCACAUCAAAAAAAAAAGAAACUUUUCUUUCUUCUUUUGUUUCAUCCCCUCUCUACUUUUUUUUAAAUUUCCACUUUUGUUGUUUUUUCUUUCAUUUUUCACAUCUGUUUUCAUUCACUUUUCACAUCUGUUUUUUUCUUUCGCUUCGUGUUUUUCCUAUUUUUAAGCUUUUAAUUUUCUUUGUAUUUAUUUCUUUCUCUCGCUCUUUCUUCAUUUUUUCUCUUUCUUUGUUUCUUUUUCCUUUUUUUUUCUUUCUUUCUUUCUUUCUUUCUGUCUUUCUUUCUUAUUUUGUUUUUUUCCCUCUCUUUAUUUCUUUUGCGACAUCUCUUUAUCCCUUACUUUUUUUGUUUUCACUUUUGCCAAUUUUUUUCUUUCUUUCUUUUUCCUUUUUUACAAUAAUUCACUUUUUUUCACGCCUAUUUUUCUUUGGCUUCGGCUUUUUUCUUUUUAAAUUUUUUAACAUUUUCUUUGUACGUUUAUUGCUUUCGUUCACCUGCCCUUCUUUCUUUCUUUCUUUCUUUCUUUCUUUUCCAUUUUUUCACCUACUUGCCUCGUUUGUUUCGCUUUCUUCCCCUUUCUUUCCUUCUAUUUCAAUUUUAAAAUGCCCUCUGACAGCACCUUCCUGUUUCCCCUACGAAAUUCAACAACACCGACCUUUUUAUUUUAUUUUUAUGGCUGUAAAAGAAAAUGCUUUGUUGGUGCAUUUCAACAGGUACGUAAUCUGA